AUGGACAACUUCUCGCCGCAGCAGCCCGACGAGGGCUAUUCCGAAGAUCCCCUAAACCCCAGCUUGUCCUCGUAUGGCAUGGCCAUGACGGGUCCUCCUAGCCUCGCAGAUUUGCCCGACUGGCUUACGAGGGAACUCCCUAGAAUGCCGCUUUCUCUCAAGAAGAAGAUCGCCUCGAUCGUUCUUGACUCGCUUCCGACACCCGCGAUUGCGGAAAUCGUCCAGACCCUAAACCCUCGGCUCUAUAUCGACUUCGUUCACUAUCUCCCUCCGGAAGUAUGCUUAAAGAUCCUUGAAUUUCUCGACCCGGCUUCUCUCAUAAGCGUGGCGCGAUCAUGUCGAACCUGGCACGCCCUUACGCUCGACAAGAAGCUCUGGCGACGACUAUACCAUAUGGAGGGCUGGUCGGUCGUGCCCUCCGAGAUCCAGAAAUGGCAGGAGAGGGUGAACAAGCUUGGUGAAGCCAAUCGAGAGGCCGCUGCUCGACCCGAUAGCCGCCCUAUAAACCGAAAGAGAGCGAUAUCAGAAGACGACGCCGACUGCGAGAUGCUCGAUGCCGAUAGGGCCCCGAGGCACUACGAGCCCGACUUUUUUAGUACGGUUCUCAAGAGCCCAGCUUGGUCAACAGCUUCUCUACCGGGCCCAUCCGCGACUCCAUCGGACCAUGCGACACCGGAUUCAGGCGAUGUAGAAAUGGGCAAUGCGACGCGGGGAAGGUCUGCCGACCUGCCUAUCAAUGACCCGGCUGGGCAGCAGCAACCCCAAGUCCCCAAGGAAAAACCGGCCCUUGACGAGGACCCGAAUUUGGUACGGUUUCUGGAGCGCCUCCCGCCUCAGUAUGUUGAUGGCCUCAUGCCAUCCACCCUCUGGAACUGGGAACCUCGUGAUGACAGAUAUGUUAUCAACUGGAAAUAUCUGUACUCCAUGAGGAGACGCCUCGAGUCUAACUGGGAAUUGGGUCGCUUUACAAACUUCCAGUUCCCGCAUCCAGACCAUCCAGAAGAAGGCCAUAAGGAGUGCGUUUACAGCCUGCAAUAUACAUCCGAGUAUCUCGUCAGUGGUUCUAGGGAUCGAACGCUCCGUAUCUGGAGCAUGCAAACGCGCCGGCUGAUACUGCCGCCGCUUGUUGCGCACUCCGGCUCCGUCCUAUGCCUGCAAUUUGACGCCGAUCCUGAGGAAGAUCUCCUGGUUUCGGGAAGCAGCGACUCCGACGUCAUUCUGUGGAAGUUCUCUACGGGCAAACUGAUUCAGCGACUCCAGAAGGCACACCGCGAGUCAGUGCUGAACGUCAAGUUUGAUAAACGGAUCCUCGUGACAUGCUCAAAAGACAAGACGAUCAAGAUAUUCAACCGGCGGCCGCUCCGCUACGGCGACGUGGGUUAUCCCCAGAGCGAGUUCGUCAACCCCGUCCCCAUCAAGAUGAAGAACUACGGGUACCAGCCCAACCUCGCCGACGAACUUCCUGUGAUCGCGCCGUACACGAUGAUCGGUGCGCUCCAAGGCCAUAACGCCGCCGUGAAUGCCGUUCAGAUUUGCGGCGACGAGGUUGUCUCUGCCAGCGGUGACAAGGCGAUCAAGGUCUGGGACUGGCCUAAGCAGAAGUGUACUCGCACUAUCCUCGGGCACCUAAAAGGCAUUGCCUGUGUCCAGUACGAUGGUCGACGAAUUGUCAGCGGCAGCAGCGACAACGAGGUCAAGGUCUUCGACAGCUCGACGGGUCUAGAAGUAGCGAGCCUCCGUGCGCACACCCACUUGGUGAGAACGGUACAAGCCGGAUUCGGCGACUUGCCCAACAGUGAAGAAGAGGAUCGCGAGGCUGCGAGACUCAUUGACGAAGAAUACUUUAAGGCGUUGGAGACGGGUGCCGUGUCAAAUGCGGGUCAACCCACUCGAGCCCAUUCACGGCGUCGUGGGAACGCCGGAAGCAGGCGACCGGAAGACAUUACCGCUUACGGUGCCAACCUUCCUCCUGGCGGCGGCGGAGGCAAAUACGCACGUAUCGUAUCGGGGUCUUACGACCAGAGCAUUAUAAUUUGGCGUCGUGACAAGGAGGGAAUCUGGAAGGAUGCGCACCACCUCCACCAAGAGAAGGCACAAAUCGCGGCCCAGCGCCAGGCACUGCCACCGCUGGUGUCCAACCCCCCAGUAACUCUUCAUCCCUCAGUCCGCCACCCAAGCAGCAACACGACAGCGGGUCCUCCACCACCGACACCACCGCCAGCUCAGACACCACAGUCUCAGGGGGGUGGUGCUGGUCCAAUCCUUCCGCCACCAGGUUCCCAAGCAGGCCCCGAGUCGUACCAGGCUUUGAUUAACGUGGUGGUUUCGCGGGGCGUUACCGAUCUCGAGAAUGCGCUGCUGGCGUAUCCCGCGAUGCUCUCUAACCUCGGCCAGCUACACGGGGCUAUCGACCGCGUCACUUCACCGUACGUGCGCAACCAGCUGCGUCAGACGGUUGCGGCCGCCAUAGAGCGCUCACAACACCGCGCCAGGGCGAUUGCCAAUCAGUUCCAAGCCCGCAGCACCCCCCCGCUUUCGGCGUCGGCUGCAGGACCAUCUACUGCACCUCCUCCAAAUACCCUACCUAGUCUCGCGCCCCAGGUACCCGCGCAACAACAGAACCUUUCAGUACCGCCUGCUCCUGUUCCUGGCCAUGCUCCCAUCUCCGGCUCUGGUUCUACCGCGUCACACGGGCCAGGCAGGCAGGUGACCAACGCACAGGUCUCAACAGCUGCCGCUACUGCUCCAGCGACGCCGCAUGCAGCAGCACCAACACCAACACCACCACCAGCAGCACCAGCACCAGCAGCACCAACGGCAGCGGCACAUGCCGGAGUUCACGGUGCGGCGGCGGCCGCCCCCUUCGCCGCCCAUCACCACCUCUACGUCGCGCACCCGGCCCAACCACACCACCAACACAUGGUGGACGGAAGCCCCGCGAGGGUGUUCAAGCUGCAGUUUGAUGCCCGGAGGAUCAUUUGUUGUAGUCAGACGAGUGUCAUUGUCGGGUGGGAUUUUUGCAACGGCGAUGCGGAGCUCGAGGCCGUGUCGAGAUUUUUCGCGCCUAUUGAAUAA